AUGUCUACAAGGAGGGCAGUUCACAAAAAUAGCUGGUAUUCCGGCAAUGGUAUGAUAUUCGUUGAAAAAACUAUGGUUAUAGUCGAUGAAUUGGACAAUCAACUUUCGAACUGGCUCAAUAAAGCUACUUACACGCACGGACCGGCAAGGGCAAUAAUUACGCCACAUGCUGGAUAUUUUUACUCUGGGGAAUGCGCUUCUUUCGCCUUUAAACAGAUCAAUCCAAAUUCAACAAAGAGGAUAUUUGUGCUUGGUCCAUCCCACAAUCUCUACCUUGAGGCUUGUGCAAUACCUGUCGCUGACUACUUCGAAACCCCUUUCUACAACUUGCACGUCGAUGAGGACGUGCGAAGGAGGCUUCUCGAUACUGGGAAGUUUGUGAAUCUUGCUCUUAAGCAGGAUGAGGAUGAGCACUCUAUGGAGAUGCAGUUCCCAUACAUAGCGAAAAUUAUGGAGGCACAUGCUGACAACUUUACAGUUGUACCAAUUAUGGUAGGUAGCCUGUCUUUUUCGAUGGAACAAACAUUUGGAGAGAUAUUAUCACCUUUCCUCUCUGAUCCCUCUAAUGUCUUCGUUAUAUCCUCUGAUUUCUGCCACUGGGGUAGCCGUUUUGGUUACACAUAUUACGAUCAAAGCUGUGGCGAAAUUUGGGAGUCAAUAAGUGACCUCGACCAUAAGGGUAUGGACUUGAUUGAGAACUUGGAUACGUCCGGCUUUAAUAAGUACUUGUCUGACUAUGGGAACACGAUUUGCGGUCGUCAUCCGAUCAGUGUGCUUCUGCAGGCGGUUCGAGCGCUUGAGCAGGAAGUUGGGGCGAAGGCGGUUCUGAAGUUUGUACAGUAUGCGCAGUCGAGCAAGUGUCGCAGCAUGCGAGACUCCUCGGUCAGCUAUGCAUCCGCCUCUUUGGUUAUCAAAUGA